CAGUGCGAACCAUCAUAGCGUAACAUGGCAGUCGAAAUUGCAGACAGAGAAGGGAGGAGAUUGGUAAGGAUUCUAAGGAAAAUGCCGACCUGUUGUUUACGCUUCCAGCGUCGAACAUUGGUUCCGUAUUUUUCUGACGGCUCUUUCCAUCCAACACCCACGAAACACGCCAGGGAGGAAAGUUAGUGGGCAAUCGAGCGACUGAGAAGGCGUUCUUGGCUGCUCUCGAGCUGCGGCUACGCCCCCAUGGAAUCUUCCACGAUACUCAAGCCCAAAUGGGUCCCCAUAGAGCAGUUGAAGCCAGGAGAGAAAAGGAGGCAGAAAGGGCUUAUCAAGCUCUGUAUUGACCUAAGUCCUGAGAUCAUGGACAAGUUGAUACGGAGCUAUGGCCCGUAUCCUCUCUUCUGGCGCUUCGACGUGCGUGCUAUGGUGAGUACUAUGAUUCAGGAACUUGAGGCGGGGAAGCAAGGCGGUUCGGAGGGGGAGGGGCCGGCGUUCAUGGGAUGCCAUUGGGGGCACCAUCGGCCGCUGGGAUGUAGUACUGGUUCCCCAACGACAUCUGGGGCCUCUUUCCAAUCCUACCCGCCCACCUACCGGGGGCCAAAUCUUGGUGCGCCAUGGAUAAGACCUCACCCUUUCCCCAUCCCACUACCGCCGCCGCCUAUACCACUGCCACCACCCCUCCCCCUCCCCCAGGUCCCACUCCUUCACCGGCUCCCCCCAACCAAUAGACAUCUCCAAAUGUCUCGUACGCUUGAGUACACACCAUGUACUCGUCAGAUCUCUGAUGAAGUGCACGUUCCGACCGUUCGCGGUCGAACACCAAACCCACAUGGCGCAAUAGGUUCCCACCUUCCCACAAGGGGGAACUUAUGAGCGCAAGCCUGGCGCUGGCCGUGAAAUGGAAGUUCAUCUAUUCCGGCGGCGCAGCCAAUAUAUCGAGAGAUACCCAUCAAGCUCAAUACCAGCGUCCUUCCAGUCAAUUCGUCCUUCGUGCUUUCGAUCUCGGAGCGUCGUUGUUGGAGUGUGAGCGUUGAUUCGGACUGUGUCUGUAUAUGGCAAUGAAGUAAUGAUCUUUUUAAUAUAUCUUUG